CAUCAUCAUCAUCAUCAGGAAAUUUAAAUUCGUCAAAGUAACAAGAAACAAUCCAAAUCAUCAUUAUUUGUAGCGAUAUACAUAUGUAGUACGUAAUAUGACUAAGGUUAAUGGUGGUGGUGGUGGUGGUGGUGUGGCUAAAUAUAAUAUGCAUGCUAUCUCAAUUUCGAUCAUCAUCGUAGUCGUUGUUGCCGUCGUUUGUAUUGAUAAAUGGACAAAGCAGCAGCAGCAGCAGCCGCCAUUGCUUGAAACAUUAAUGGAAUGAUAUUUUCACAUCCAUCCAUCCAUCCAACCAUUCAAUCAUUCAUCCUAUUUUUGAUCAUGAUCGUCAUUUGAUCAUUGUCCAUCGUCGUAUCCGUAUGAUGAUGAUUAUUAUUCCAAUAAUAAUCCACCAAUUUCAUUUUUUUGCCUGUUUGGAUGUUUAAGUUGCCACCACCAGAAUACAAAUUAGUGAGAAAUUAUUUAGAAAAAAAAUUUUUUCAUGUUUUUCAAAUCCAAUUGUUUCACAUUCAUCAUGAUAAUCAUUUCAACAUUUACAUUUCAACUUUGACCCAAGUUUUUUCUGGAUUUUUGUUCUCUUGUUUUCUACUUUUUCUUCAGAAUUCAUUCAAUCCAACAUAUCAUAUCAUUCAAUAAGAAAUUCAUUCAAAGAAACAAGAUCAAAAAAAAAAAUGUUUGCCAAAAUGCGUCGAACAAUGAAAUAUGAAUUGGAUCAUUUGAAUGGUGAUCAUCCUAAUCUUAAUCAUGAUGACGAAAAUGUUAAUGAUGAUAAAAUGAUGAAAAAUUCAUCAUCGAUAACAUUAGAUAAUUGUAAUGGCCAUAAUAAUCACAAUAAUCAUCAAAUUAACACAAUAUUAUCAUCAACACAAUUACCACCAACAUCACAAUUACCAUUAUCAUCAUCGAUAGCCGUACUAGUCGAAUCGGUUGCAUUCAAUUAUAAACGUAAUGUUCCUCUACUCAAAGAUGUUACCAUUCAUGUUCCAAAAGGAUGUAUAUAUUCAUUACUCGGUUCAAAUGGUUGUGGCAAAACAACAUUAUUAAACAUAUUGUUGGGUCGUAUACGACCAGAUCGUGGUAAUGUUCGUAUAUUUGAUCGUCAGCCUGGUUCAUCAUUGAAUCAUCAGAUUGGUUAUAUGCCCCAAGAAUUAGGAUUGAAUCCAUUGCUUCAUAUUGAAGAUACAUUCUAUUAUUAUGCACAAGUAAAUCAUGUGAAUGAUCGACAAUUCAUACAGGAACAGAUACGUAUUUAUUUAGAAAUGUUGGAACUUGAAGAUCCAAAACAACGUGUCGGACAAUUAAGUGGUGGCCAAAAACGGCUACUUUCAUUGGGUGUAACUUUGAUAUAUAAACCAAGGAUAUUAUUUUUAGAUGAACCAACCGUUGGUAUUGAUUCAUUGAUUAGAAGUAAAAUUUGGACACAUCUUCGGCAAUUAUGUUUAUUAAAUGAAACGACCGUAAUAAUUACAACACAUUAUAUUGAUGAAGCAAAAAAUUCCGAUCUUGUUGGUUUUCUUCGUGAAGGACAAUUAUUAGCAGAAGAAUCACCAGAAUUGUUAAUGCAAGCAUUAGAAUGUAAAACAUUGGAACAAGUAUUUUUACGUUUAUGUUUUGAAAAAAUUGAUCGUUAUCAAAAACAGCUGCAACAAUAUCGACAAAGUAGAAAUAAUCAAAAAGAUGAUUCAUUGAACAAUAAUGAUGAUACAUUUCCAGAUCAAUAUAAUGAUAAUAAUGGCAAAGAUGAUGAUGAUGAUGAUGAUGAUGGUGAUGGUGAUGGUGAUAAAAAUCUUAAACGAAAACAUACGAACGGUGUGAUAUUACAACCAGAAAUGUUGAAAAAUAAUAAUUUUUGUUCAUCAUUUAAUGAUAAACAAGAAAAAAUAUUUACCUGCGCAAAUCAAUUCAUUAAUUUGGAUCAUAUCAAUGCAUUAAUGUAUCGUGAAUGGUUUUUCUUCACACAUAAUAUUCCAUUAUUUUUGGUCUAUUUAUUAAUGCCAUUAUUAACUGUUUAUCUGUUUGAUUCAAGUUAUGGACGUACACCACAAAAUGUGCCUAUUGCUAUUUAUAAUGGUGAUGAAAGUGAUUUUAAUCCACAUCUUUCUGAUAUAUUUCUACAAGAAUUUAAUACUAGUAUGGUGAAAAUGACAUUCUAUGAUAAUGAAUUGGAUGCUGAACAUUCGGUACAAAUGGGCCAUAAUGUAAUGGCUAUUGUAUUUCGUUCAAAUUUCUCUACAAAUAUUGUUACACGUUAUUAUGAUUUUCAUUCAUUUGUUGAUCAGAAAAAAGAUGAUCUAAUUUCGGCAAAUGGUUCAAUGUUGUUAUAUAUUGAUCAUUCAAGUUUACUUAAUGUACGUUAUGUAAAUCGUUCAAUUUUAUUAUCAUUUCAACGUACAGUGGAAAAAUUUGGUGAAACACGUGGUAUAAAUCCACAAAUAUUUUCAUUACCUAUAGAGAAAGCUGGUUAUAUUUAUGGUGUAUUGGAACCACAUUUUCAGGAUUUAUUCACACCCGGUAUUGUAAUCAUAACAUUAUUAGCGAUGAAUGCUAUAAAAGCUGCAUUAGAAAUGAUUUAUUUACAUCAAAAUGGUUGCCUAAAACGUGAUAUAAAUCAAGGUGUACGGCCAUUAGAAAUGAUGUUUACAUUUACUAUUUCAUCAUUAACAUCAAUAUUUUGGCAAUCAUUAGUUACCUGUAUAUUUACAUAUGGUAUAAUGGGUGUACAAUUGGACGGUGAUUUCUCUUCAGCAUUCAUAUUGGUAUUUAUAACAGCAUCACAAGGUCUUUUUAUUGGAACAUUAUUAUCGGUGUUGUUUCCUGAUCAAAUUAUAUCAAUGCUACUUUGUUUCACUGCAUUAGUUAUAAUGUUUUUUACAUCCGGUACAUUAUGGCCAUUGGAAGGAAUGUCAUUAACAUUACAAAAAUUAUUCAUGCUUAAUCCUAUCGUGUUACCUGUACGUUCAUUACGUUGUAUAAUGUUACGUGGUUGGUCUAUUACAAAUUUUACCGUAUUAAUUGGCUAUAUUGUUAGUUCAAUGACAUCAAUCAUAUUGUUUUUAUUAUCAGCAUUAUUUUUUCAUUAUCUAAAUAUUCAAAUCAAAUAAUGAUCCAUUAUGAUAUAUUUGCUAUAUUUUGUUGCUCCUGUUCCCUCUGUGUGUUAUGAUGAUGAUCCCAUGAU